CACACUCCCUGGAAGGCUCAAACACACACACAUAUAUAUAUAUAUACACACACACACACACACACAUAUAUACACACACUAACACACACACAGGGCCGGACCGGGCUCUGCCGCAUGCACAUCAUCCCGAGCUGUUGCAGGAACCUGCGCCAUGGAGAUCAACGACUCACUAAGCCAACAGGAUAGACUGCAGGUCAUAGCGGAGAAACGCAGGCGACAAGUGGAGAUUGAGAACAAGAGACGUCAACUGGAAGAUGACAGAAGACACCUGCAACACCUUAAGUCCAAAGCUCUGCGAGAAAGAUGGCUCCUGGAGGGUGCUCCAGCGUCCACCCCUGAGGAGGAUGAGGCAACAAAAAGGCAAAUGCAGGAAGAUGAGCUGAGGACCCGGGAACUAGAAGAGACCAUUCAAAGACUGGAGACAGAGUUAGAGUUACUCGAGAGUGGCUUAUCAAGCACAUCCACCAAAGAGAGCCUGGCAGAGGAUUCAGUACCUGCAGGUCAGGAGAUUGCAAAGACCCACAAGACUUCUCUGAACACAACCAAGGGUCAAGAUGCUUCAGUAACCCCAGGUCACAAGACAGAAAGCCCAGACAUGAUGAGAGCAGCCAUGUAUUCUGUGGAGAUUACAGUAGAGAAGGACAGAAUCACAGGGGAGACUAAAAUCCUCUCCAGCAACACUGUGCUCCCCAAAGCGUGCCCCCCGCAGGGGGUCAAGGUUUAUGAAGAUGAACAGAAAGUAGUGCAUGCGGUGAGGUCAGAGGCUGAUGCACCAAAUGAUGCCGUACAUGCACUAAGCUCAGUGGAAGUGGAUGAUCUGAUCCAUAAAGCAGAGGAGGCCACUCUCAGUGAGAUUUCACUGAUAUCUGAUGACAAGCCUACGAUCCAGCGUGCUUCUCCUCGGAAGGAGAUUCCUGGAGUGCAGGCACGGCCUCCACAGACUCCUCCAGAGCCAGAGGCUCCAGUCACUAUGAUCUUCAUGGGCUAUCAGAAUGUGGAGGAUGAAAAUGAGACUAAAAAGGUCUUGGGCAUGGAGGAAGCCAUCACAGCCGAACUGGUAGUCAUUAGUGAUGGGGACCCCCAAACUGCAACUGAAGAUGCAGACCCGCCUGAAAAAAUCCAGCAUCCUCCCAAUGGAGCCCCAUCUGAAACCCCCACAAAGGUGGAAAAGCCAGAGAUCAAUGACACAGCAGCUCCCAAAAGUGGGGAACAAGAUCUGACCAUGAAGAAACAGAGGUGCAAAUGCUGUAGUGUGAUGUAAAGAAAGAAGUGGAGGAGAAGGUUGAUAUUUCUGCACCCACUCAAGUAUGAAGCCCGAAAGAAGGCUUUUCCUUUCACCAGAAACCUCACAGGAAGGGUUGCUCUUUCCUCAGCCUUUAACAAAUUGACAGAGGACAGUUCUCUCACCAUUACAUCAUUGCUGGAGUUCGAUAAUCCAUAAAAAGAAGGUGAACUUUUAUAUUGCUCUUUUUUUAUGGAGGUUCCUUUGUCAGUCGCCCAUGUGUCUCUCAUAGCCAACAAUCAAUUUUUCUUCCUUCACACUGCAAAGAUUGCAUCCAUACUCCAAAAUAAGAUUGGUCAGCUUCUCAACCUACACCUUAAUGGUAAAUUAAGUGAAGGCUCCUUUUCUCUCUAGUUUCCUUCCUGUGAUAUUAUUCAGUGUAUUACUGUGUUUCUUCCUACCAUGAUACAUAUGCAGCUGUUUCAAUAUAUACCAAGAAAAUGACUGCCAUUCAAGAAAGUAUUGGACUGGGCCAAAAGAUAAAAUUCCCUGCUCCUUCCCCUCCUGUGCUCAAAUAAGCUUCCUUUAACCAAAGCGGUUGCCUCAAGUUUAAAACUUUAACUCAGAAUGUCAGAAUUAUGGGCCAUAGAAGUGAGUAUCUUCAACAAAAAUCUGUUCAUAGAAUGUUGUGCAUUUCAGCAUUUGGAUUGCCAACAGCUUUUGCUCUGACACCCGAGAUCUGGAAAAGAGUUCAGUUAUGGAAUGGGAAAUGCUUAUCUGAUUCAAAAUUUUGGUGAACUUUACAAGUGAAAGAGGAACAAUUUGCUGAAUUCUAUAACAGAUGCAAUCCAGAAAGUAUCCUUAAAAACUGUGAUAUUGGAAAGGACAUAAGACUAAGAUACAUGCUCUUUCAUUGAUAAAGCUGAAUCAGUAAAGAUCGAUUGGAAUAUACUGGUAUUACUCAAUACUGAAGCAUAUAUGCAGCAAAUACUAUUGCAUCCCUUGGUGUGUUAUUCAAACUGUGCAGCCUGUGUUAGAGUGAAUCUGUCACUGUGGGCACCUUCAGAUAAUGUGGGGUCCAUUGCCAAUAUCUGAUAUGUGAGUUAAAUAGAGGGCCACAUAUGCUGUUGCUGAAUAUCCUGCAAUAUGGUGGCACAAUACAUGUUUUUAAAAUUUCACAUAAUUUGCACUGCAGUCAAUUCUUUCUAUGUGUCAUGUGUACAAGAAAGUAACUGGUAAGUGUAAGGUCAAUGACACAGGGAGCUACUUGUUGCGGCCACAAAAUAGACUGAUAACUGUCUUUACAUGUAUUUUAGCAGAGACAAUUCUAAGUAUUGUCUAUGGCAGGGUAUUUUCUGGCAUUUUGUAGCUGCGACAAGUAGCGGGCUACAAGUAGCUCUGUGUGUCAUAGCCCUAAAAAGUUGCUAGAUAUUAAUUCACCAACUAAUAAAAGGUGCUUUUUUUUUAUUUUUUUUUUAUGGCUCUCUAUUAAUCAUGGGUGACAGAUUCACUUUAGCAAUGCUCUAGGCCUCCAUAGUAAUUAUUUUGCAUUCUGUAAUACCCCAGUGUUAUGUUUUGCAUAUUAACUAACGUGGUAUAUUGUCUUUGGAGUGAUAUCAGUUACCUAAGUAAAGCUGGCGACUGCUAGGCAGAAGAAACUUAACCUAUAUAUUAGACUUAUGGUGUGCAAUUCAAAUAGAUACACAAACUAGGUAGCACUAUGCAUCAUGGGCUUUAAAGAGGUCACCCAGCAUGUACCCUGAAGAACAAAACACGCUGCAGUAGAAGGCAAAACUUACAUGCAACAGGGCACGUGACUUAAUAUGACAUGAAUUAGCAAGUACGCCAUCUAGUACUUAAUUGUGUAAUGAGUUCUUUUCUUGUGUUCAGGCCAUAUGCUAGUUAUUGGACCAGCAUAAUGUAAAAAAGAUCAAUUUCUCUGCCUACUAGUCGCUGGGAGUAUUUGGGUGAUGAGUUUACAUUAACAACAUUAUUGCAGCAAGUAAGUUGUGAGAGUGCCUUGUGGGUGUCUUGUGUUUUGAAAUUCUUGGCUACUGGACGUGAAUGCAGCAUGCUGCAGAGCUUUGUUAAAAUAUGCGUGGAGGGGGGUCUUUUUGGAGUUCUGUUGACCCCCAUAUGCUGAUGGCCCUCGUGUGAUGACUUUAAGCUGACCCAGGCUGACUUACAUGUCACCAAGAGUGAAUAUAAUGCUGGGAGCUGUGAGGCCCAGGCUGGACAUUCAUAUCUGUGCCUCUGGAUUUCCCUGCCUGUUACUAACCUUCAUUUGCUCCUAUUUCCAAGAUUCAGACCAAUUCAUUGUAAAAAAAAAUAUCUCAGUAAGUAAAUAAACUGUGUCAUUUAGUCCCAUGA